AAAUAACAGACGCUAAAUAAUUUACCGUUUGUCAUUAAUUAGCGGCCAAGUUAAUAGAAAAAAAAAUACUAUAAAUGAUCCGUCCUUGUUUACUUUCAUUUCAGGGUUUAGAAAAAUCAAAAUAUUUUCUAGAUCAAUAUUCUGAAUUCUCUCCCUGGUUACAAGAGGGCCUCCAGCAAUGGCGGCGACAAUAUACGGCGUCAGGAACCUUUUCCUUUUGGCGGCAAUUGUGAUAUUGUUCGCCUGCCGUUACGGAGACGCCACCGCAGCGGCCAGAGGCUACAUAAAGUACAAAGACCCACAAGCGCCCGUAGAAGAGAGAGUAGAGGAUCUGUUAGCACAAAUGACAUUACCAGAGAAACUUGGUCAAAUGUGUCAGGUUGAUCGAUUCAACUACUCCUUCUUUCCCACGGGACAAGAAAUCUUCACAAAGUACAUGAUCGGAAAUGUUUUGAGCAAUCCGUACGACACCGGGGCUAGUCCAUCAAAGCGGGUGCUCGUAGCGAACACAAUGCAGAAACUGAGUCUUUCGACGAGGCUCGGAAUCCCUUUGCUUUACGCUAUCGAUGCGGUUCAUGGCCACAACACUUUUAUCAAUGCCACCAUUUUCCCCCACAACGUCGGUCUUGGUGCCACCAGGGAUCCUCAACUUGUUAAAAAGAUCGGAGCUAUAACCGCGCUUGAAGUCAGAGCUACAGGAAUCGCGCAAGUUUUUGCACCUUGUGUUGCGGUUUGCAGGGAUCCAAGAUGGGGAAGGUGUUAUGAGAGCUACAGUGAAGAUCCUAAAGUUGUGAAUAUGAUGACCGAAAGUAUCAUGGAUGGAUUACAGGGAGAGGCUCCUUACGUCGCUGAUUUCAAGACUAAAGUGGCUGGUUGCGCCAAACACUUUGUUGGGGAUGGAGGAACGAUAGAUGGAAUCAACGAGAACAACACUGUGGCUGAUAACGCUACAAUCUUCGGAAUCCACAUGCCUCCGUUUGAGAUUGCGGUGAAGAAAGGGAUCGCAUCUAUCAUGGCUUCUUAUUCUAGUCUUAACGGUGUUAAGAUGCACGCAAACCGCGAGAUGAUCACUGAUUACCUCAAGAACACCCUCAAUUUCCAAGGCUUUGUUAUCUCUGAUUGGCUUGGAAUCGAUAGGAUCACAACUCCAGCCAGAUCAAACUACACGUACUCUAUCGAAGCAGCCAUUAAUGCCGGCAUUGACAUGGUUAUGGUUCCAUUUGAGUAUAAAGAGUUCUUGGAGAAACUGACAAACCUAGUGAACGGUGGAUACAUCCCUAUGAGCCGUAUAGACGAUGCUGUUCGAAGGGUCUUGAGAGUCAAAUUCUCUCUCGGUCUCUUUGAGAACCCAUUGGCAGAGGAAACUCUUAUCGCCGAGUUUGGAUCUGCGGCGCAUCGAGAAGUAGCGAGAGAGGCGGUGAGGAAAUCAGUGGUGCUUCUAAAGAACGGCGGGAAGACAAACGACGACAAAAUCGUUCCGCUCCCAAAGAAAGUGAAAAAGAUCGUUGUCGCGGGCCGACACGCUAACGACAUGGGAUGGCAAUGUGGUGGCUUUACUCUCACCUGGCAAGGAUUCAACGGAACCGGAGAAGAUAUCGGCCGUAACAAAGCCAUGAGACUCCCCACCGGUAAAACCCAAGGAACUACCAUCUUGGAAGGCAUCAUGAAAACAGUGGAUCCCACCACUGAAGUUGUCUACGUGGAGGAGCCAAACCAAGAUACACACAAGCUUCACGCCGACGCAGCAUACACAAUUGUUGUCGUAGGUGAAGCUCCUUACGCAGAGUCACUAGGGGACAGCAAGACGCUACAGAUAGCCGAUCCAGGUCCAGACACGAUCAGUCACACUUGUGGUAGUGGCAUGAAGUGUCUAGUGAUCCUGGUCACAGGGCGUCCUCUAACGAUCGAGCCUUACAUUGACUUCAUGGACGCUCUUGCAGUCGCUUGGCUUCCAGGAACCGAAGGACAAGGAGUCUCUGAUGUCUUGUUUGGGGAUCAUCCCUUCACCGGCACGUUGCCUCGCACCUGGAUGAAGAACGUGGGUCAGCUUCCGUUGAACGUCGGCGACGAGAACUACCAUCCUCUCUUCCCAUUCGGAUUCGGAAUCACAACCUAAAUCACGAACCAAAACCAUCUAUCAUGUAUGUAACUAUGUACUGAAAAAUGUUAACUGUGGCAACGGAUAUUUGUCAUGUGUAAUUUGUACUUUGUGAAGGAAAAAUAUUAUACUUUGUGUUACGAACAAUGGUGCAACUUGUUCACUACUUGAUGAUCAUAACCUAUUCCAUAAUGGGUUUGAGCCCAACACCUUUAUCUUUUUCUUUAAAUUGUGAAAAAGAGUAAUAAAACACAAAGAUUCUCAGGUUGAGGGGAAAAACACAAGUCUUGAAAUGUUUUUUGUUUGUGAAAUUGGAGAGAAGACAAGACACCACGUGACAGCAACACGGUCCCUACCUACCA